CACCUUUUGGCUUCCUUUCUAGCUUUUACCUGCGGCACUGCCCCCUGCGUCCCUCUCUCUCCUAGCCGACCCAGGGCCGGAGAGCACAGAUGAAAAAAUUUAAAGAGAAGACCUGGUGGGAAAGCAGUCCCCAAAACGAGUCAAAGGGGCCCUAAAUUUUAAAAAAGCCACUCAAGCAAACAAACAAAAAACCCCACCUGUAAGUGCUGCUUUACUCUGUUCAAACCUCCCCACAGCUUGGCUGGCAAAGGUUUCUCCCAUGUAGAAGAGGCAACUAAGGCCCGCUGUGCUUGAGAGUUGUCCAUGUCAGGUGGUUCUAAGGACCAAGAACGGCUUUCACCUUAUGAAGAAAAGUUGUGGAAGCCACCUAUAAAUUCGUUUACCAAGUUUAUGGAGAAACCUGCAAUUGAUAGAAGUCAUUCAGAAGAAUUAUGUUCUCAUUUUACAAGUACACCAGAGGACGAACAUUUACCACAAGCUGCCAGUGAAAGCCAUCUCAGCUGUCUAAAGCAGGACAUCCUAAAUGAAAAGACUGACCUGGAAGCAACAUUUAAGGAAGCUGAGUUGGCAACCUGUUCUGUAGAAUUACUUUUGCCAUUAUUUAAGAAUACCAUUGAAGAUAUUAGUUUUGAAAAUGCUGAUCUUUUUGCAUCCAAUUUGAAGAAGAUCUCUGAACAAAAGGAAAUAUUAACAAAAGAAUUAGACACUUUUAAACGUGUAAAAAAAACUUUGGAACGUCUUCUUAGAGAGACAGAAUACCAACAAGUAGGGGACAGUUUAUCUAGCAUGUUAGAGAAACUAACUGAUAAUGAAAGUGAAAAUACUGCUCUUAAGAAGAAGGUACUUGAAAAGGAGACCUAUAUUCAAGAACUUUCUUGUUUGUUUCAGAAUGAAAAGGCAAAUGCUUUGAAAGCUAACCGUUUUUCACAAUCAGUAAAAGUGGUACAUGAACGACUGCAGCUCCAAAUUAAUAAAAAGGAAGCAGAGAAUGAUAAAUUAAAAGAACACAUAAAGAGCUUGGAAACCAAGAUAACUGAAUGGAACUUACAAAUGAGAAAGAAUAAGCAUGAAGCUGUAGCAAUGAAAGAAUCAAGUAAGCAAAAAACUAUAGCUCUGAAAAAGGCAUCUAAAAUUUACAGACAAAGACUUAAAUACUUCACUGGAGACAUGGAAAACCUUACCUCCCAAAUUAGAGAUCAGGAAGCCAAGCUGUCUGAAACAAUUUCAGCUUCCAAUGCCUGGAAAAGUCAUUAUGAGAAAAUUGUAAUAGAGAAAACUGAAUUGGAAGUUCAGAUUGAAACAAUGCAAAAGCAAGUUACAAAUCUUUUGGAAGACCUGAAGAAAGUGGAAGACCUUGGAAAAAAUUCUUGUGAAGAAAUUCUUAGAAAACUUCACUCGAUUGAAUAUGAAAAUGAAACUCUGAAUCUUGAGAAUACAAAAUUAAAGACUACACUUGAGGCUUUGAAGGAUGAGGUGAUUUCUGUUGAAAAUGAACUUUUAGAAUUGCAAGAAGUAGAAAAACAACAGAAAACCCUUACUGAAGUAUAUAAAACUCAGAUACAAAAAUUACAAGAGGCAGCAGAAAUGGUGAAAACCAGAUGUGAAAAUUUGCUACAUGAAAAUAACCUAAUUACAAAAAACAAAAAUAAAAAAUUAGAGAAGAUGAGAGGGCAGAUGGAGUCUCAUCUGCAGAAGUUAGAACGCGUCCGCGACUCGUUGACGGCGGCGGAACAGAGGCUUCACAAGUGUCAGGAGAGUCUGCAGCACUGCAAGGGGAAAUGUGCAGACCAGGCGCGCACCGUUAGGGAGCUGCAGGGCCAGGUUGAUGCAAAUCAUAAUCUUCUGAGAAAGCUUUCUCUGGAAGAGGAAAAUUAUCUUAUUCAGUUGAAGUGUGAAAACCUUAAACAAAAAUUAGAACAGAUGGAUGUGGAAAAUAAAGAGCUUGAAAAGAAGCUGGCAAACCAAGAAGAAUGUCUUAAGCAUAGCAAUCUUAAGUUUAAAGAGAAAUCUGCAGAAUAUACAGCAUUGGCCAGACAGCUGGAAGCUGCUUUAGAAGAAGGAAGACAAAAGGUUUCUGAAGAAAUAGAGAAAAUGUCAUCUAGAGAGAGGGCUUUACAUAUUAAAAUAUUAAAUCUGGAAACUGAGCUUAGAAAGAAAAAUGAAGAACAAAAUCAACUUGUUUGCAAAAUGAACAGUAAAGCACAACACCAGGAAGUGUGUUUGAAGGAAAUACAACAUAGUCUUGAAAAGUCGGAGAAUCAAAAUGAGAGUAUUAAGAAUUAUUUACAGUUUCUUAAAACUUCUUAUGUAACAAUGUUUGGAUAAAUGGUUGGAUUUAUUUUCUAGAAGCAAUAGGAUUUUACUCUAAGUCUAAAACAUGAUUAGGUACAAAAAUAAUAAUAAAUAUACUUUAAUUUA